GGUACGAUUAUCGUCGAGCCGGUUUUGCAGAAGACUUGUGAAAAAAUGCAUGGUCGUUUGAAAGUGAAGACUACUGAAGAACAGCAAGAAGCGAAGAGGAAGGAAAGAGAAAAGAAACUCUUGCUUUAUAAUGGUGCAACGAAAAAGUUAUUCCAAAAGAGGAAAGAUGGAGAACUUGACCAAGAUAUGUUGUCCAUAUCUGGUGAGGUGUUAGGAGCCAACCCGGACUUCUAUACACUUUGGAAUAUGCGGAGAGAAGUUUAUACCCACUUCCUAGAAAAUAAAAGCACAGAAGACAUGAAAGCUCUGUUUAAGAGUGAGCUCUCCUUCCUUGAGCACUGUCUGAGAGUAAACCCCAAGUCAUAUGGCACCUGGCAGCAGCGGUGUUGGGUCAUGGAUCACAUGCCAGAGCCUGACUGGAAGAGAGAUCUCGUGCUCUGUAACAAGUUCUUAGAAAUGGAUGAACGUAAUUUUCAUUGCUGGGAUUAUCGUCGAUUCGUCGUCAAGCGAUCACAAGUUCCUCCUGAGGAUGAAUUUGAAUUCACAAACCAGAAGAUCACAACCAACUUCUCAAACUAUUCUUCAUGGCACUACCGAAGUAAACUAAUGCCGCAUAUCUACCCUGAUGAGACACACCCUGUGGGGGUUCAGGAAGAUGUAUUACUAAAAGAGUUUGAGUUGGUGCAGAAUGCCUUCUUCACAGACCCUGGAGAUCAGAGUGCUUGGUUCUACCAUCGCUGGUUGCUAGGGAGACGAGAGCGACCCCUGACAAUAGACACCUUGUACAUCAACAAAGCAUUCCAGAAACUUGUGAUAGUCUUCAGCAAAUCCACCAAGAACCCCAGCAUCAAGUUGGUGGUGGACGAGAGAGAAAUCAGUGUAGAGCUGGAACCAGUACCUACCAAUACAGACCAUUCACAGCUAUGGAUAUGUGACUUAGCUUCAAUAGCGUUCCAGUCGCCCAGUAGGAUAGAUGUAACCAUUGGAGACAGUAGCAGAUUUGUCAUCUUGGGCAAAGAUGAAAAAGAAGGCUGGUAUCAGCUGAGGCAGGAGGUCAAGUUAGGAAAUCUAUUCAGUCUUGAGUUAAGCGCUGCCACAACAUCUGUGUUAGAGCAAGAACUGGACUCGUGUCAACAGCUACAUGAUCUGGAGCCAGAUAAUAAAUGGGCCAUGCUGACAAUCCUCUCCCUGAUGAGGGCUCUAGACCCCAUCAAAUAUGAACAACAGACUCUAGAAUUCAUUGACAAACUAAAGAUCGAAGACCCGUACAGGUCAAAUUAUUACCUGGAUUUAAGAAGUAAAUUUCUGAUAGAAAAUGCCAUAGAGAAGCUAACGAUCAGUCCAGACCAACCUGACAUCAGCCUGGACCUCUCAAACAAUCAACUGACAACACUCUAUCAUCAGAAUUACAUGGUACUCUUGACGAAGCUUAACAUUUCCAACAACCCAGUGCCGACAUUGAAGAACUGCCACUUCCUCCAGCGGCUGAGGGUGUUAGAUGCUUCCUCUUCCAAGAUAUAUGACUGCUCAGGGUUGGAGGAUCUGCCCAUGUUGGAGGAGCUAGACAUAUCUGAUAACUCGAUCAACUCAGUAGAUGAUCUCACAGCACUGACGUCGUGCCCUCAGCUCAAGAGACUGCGGAUACAGGGUUCACCUGUUUGUAAUAUCGAUGGAUUUAGGGAAACUGUUGUGGAGUUACUACCAGAUCUAACUCAUCUAAAUGGAGAUCGUGUGAAAUAAAAGACAAAGUUAUAAAUGACUUAUAAAGCAGACAGUUCUGACGUUUGGCAAGAAGCUUGAGCAAGAAAGAUACUCGAGCGAUUGUUCAGAAACUACAAUGUGCAGUAACCCUUGCAUAAAUCAACUGUCUGUUCAUCAUGGGGCGAGACCAAGUGGUGCUGGGUAUCUCUUACUCUGUCUACUGCAAAGUAAUGACAUUCAAAAUGUCUUAGACUUAGCAUAGAACUAUGACUAUUUCCAUUGUACGAUCGGAAAUAAUAUA